UCACGAGUGUCGUUACAGGCGCAAUGCGGCUGUCGGGAUGUAAGGAGGAAUGGCGACGGUCGAGGCGGUUUUGGAGGCCAGAGCUGAGCUGAGUUUGACCAAACAGAAGCGGAACGCAGGUUUCCCAACUUUUAAUAUUUCCCAACAUGGAAACUGAAGUGACAGUGUCCUCCUCGCCCUCCACGCUCAGACCACCCUUGUCGUCCGCCCCUCAGACUUCCACUGCCCCCGCUAACCUGGCGGCUAAACAGAAAGACAGCAGCAGAAAGACACCGUCCAACACUCCCGCCUUCCUCUCUAACCUGGGCAGGGCGACCCUGCGGGGCAUCCGCAAGUGCCCCCAGUGUGGCGUCUACAACGGCACCCGUGGGCUCAGCUGCAAGAACAAGGCCUGCGGGAUAUCUCUCAGGAAUGCCUCCACCACGGGCAGGAGCAGCAAGAAGUGCGCGGUGGAGGUGGUGAAGGUGAUAAUAGACAGUGAGGAGGGAGGGGGUAAGGAGCGUGCAGGGGGGGGAGGAGGCCUUGCGGGCGCUUCAGGUGGAGGUGUGCAGGUGUUUUCAGUGUGUCACAGAGGAAGAGGAGCCACAGCGACACAGCUGGGCUUUGUGGAACUCGUCCCCACUGAUACCGCAAUAGCUACAGGCGACGGCGCGACCCUGCUGACCCGCAUCAAUCUAGGUCGUUGUUUUCUGCCUUCUUGCAGGCAGGGUCAACGGUCAAAUCAUGGCGAUUCAGAGUCGGUGGCUGCGGGUGCAAAACAGUCCUCGGACAGCCUCUGCGUUCACAUAAAGCAAGCGAUAGAGUGUCAGAGCCGCGCCGCGCCGCUCACCUUGAAGAGCUCCGUCCUGGAGGGGCUGCAGGCCUCAAUCCAGGAACGGGAGGAGCUUUGGAGGCUGGCCACGGAGUCUCCGGGACCCCUGGUGCAGCGCGUCGCAAAGGACACCCUGGUGGUGAAGUGCCACACGGACUCCCAGCAUCCUUUGGGGCUCCUGCAUCUCACCGUGUGUGCGGGAGGGCUGUCGGAGGUUUCAAAGAGCGAGAGGCGGAGCAGAGAUAAGCAGCAGCAGCAGCAUGGACUCUUUCACUGUGCCUGUCAGGUGAGCGGCGGCGGCAGCAGCAGCAGAAGAAGUAAACCCGGUGCGGACGGCGCCAACUCUCAUCCGCCUCUCGGCUCUGUGACAUCACAGCCCUGCCUUCACUUCCACGCCUGUGUGUGCGCCUUUGCAAGCGACGAGAAACUGGCGUCAGAGUUUGCUGCGUUCAUCAACUACACCCCGAAUGGCGUUCAGCAGAGCGCUCCGAGCAGAGUGAUCAGUCCCAGUGAGAAGCCUCUGCUGCAGGCUGAGACCGUCAACCCUCAUCAUAAAACAAAGAAACUGCGGGUGGAUGAAUCCCUCUCAGCGACCUCUCCCUCUGAGGUCGGAAAAGAGGGAGUGUCCGCCUGCGGUCUAAAGAGAGCCGGUCAGCGGAAAGCCCCCGCUGCUGGUGGGCUGAAGGCUCAAGGGAGUAUGCAGGUUGUGGAUGAACGUACAGUGGCGAUGGGUUUCCACCAGUGGCUGGCCAGUGUCACAGAGAGGAUCCACCAGACUAUGCACUACCAGUUUGAUGGGAAACCAGAACCUCUGGUGUUCCACGUCCCCCAGGAGUUCUUCAACGCUCUGCAGCAUCGUCUGUCCACGGGCUCCAAGAAGAAGAGACUGCCCAACUUCACAACAGCUUUUGUGAGAAACGAUGGACUCCCGCUCGGCUCCUUCUCCAAGUACACCUGGCACAUCACCAAUCUGAUGCAGGUCAAAAGAAUCUUUGACACCCCAGAGUUGCCUCUGGAGCUCUCUCAGAGUUUUGUAAAAAACGCAGACGGCUCUUAUUCUCGUUUCCACUGCCCCGACCCGCUGCCUGAACCCGAGUUACCCGACGGCUACAGGACGGAUCGACCGCAGGCCAUACGGCCGAUGGAGCUCCGCACCUUCCUCAAAGUCGGACCGGGCUCGCCGGAUCAGAAGGAGGCGGCUCCGUUUGUCGUCGAGUGGAUCCCAGACGUCCUCCCUCGCUGUCAGAUGGGAGAGCUCAGGAUCGGCUUCGAGUUUGGACACCAGCAGAGCGGUCAGGCGGAUCACUGCGAGAAAAUGAGCGCCACGGAGAAAGGGGGGCGGAACAAGCCGGACUCGAGCCAAACCAAACACACGAAGGCUGUGGAAGUCCUUCAAGUGGUCGUCUAACAGCUCGACUUGAACGGCCUCUGUCGGUCAUGGAUCGUUUAUGUAUGCAGUAUUUGACUCCCCCCGUAUUCCCACAUUAUAAUAUGCAAGCUGCUGAUAAUCAAUAACCUCCUGAGUGACGCCGUGUUUUAUUGAAUCUCGACCGUAGAGAAGAUGUAUCAUACCUUUUCUUUAAAUGCGGAAUAUUCCCGACAGCUAACAACAAUAAAGAAGAAAUUAUAUUUUCUGAAAGAU